CGUUGAUCUUGUCUUGAUUGACUUGAUUUGACGUUUGAGUCAGCUGAAAAGGCAGAAAAGUGUUAAUUACUUUUAUUAAUCUCAAACAAAAUUGCAGUUUUAUUUGUUGUGGAAGGGUGCGUUAAUAACUGAGUAUCAGUUACGCGAGCACUUCAAUGUAGAAUCACGUUUAACGUCGUAAAUACCGUACGCGAAGAGAAUUCCAUUGUUUGGAUGUUUAGUUUUUUUUUGGUGUUAGAUUUGUAGAAUUUGAGCGAUGUUUGGUAGACCGAGGUGUAGGGAAUGGACGCCUCUUGCAACGCAGCAACUUCGUUUGAGGAGCCUUAUUCAGAUUGUCGGUUACAACAUCCGUCCACCAGAGGGAAGCACUGUCCAAUGCAGCUUCUAUCUCACCUUGCAUCACACAACCAUGUCAGCACCGUUCUAUACGAGUGAGAGGAUAUCGUCUCCACACCCUAAGUGGAAGGAAAUAGACUCAGAACUAACCCACCGCAUGUCCUCAACAAACGUCGUCAUCAGAAUAUGGUGUCACACCAUGCCCCCUAGCGACCAGACCGAGCCAACCCAAGACACCGUAAUUCAAACAUGGGGGGUCUACUUCACGGGUCUAAGGUAUAUAGGAGCAAAUCUAGCUCUUAACUUUACCUCAGACUGCUUCAAAAGCAACACACUAGUGUUCCAAAUGCACGGAGGAUAUUUCUGCUCGUACAAAAGUCUCAAACUCGAUAUAAUACCUCCGGAAAAUGAAUUGGAACAUGGCUCGUUGUCAUCAGAUUCUUCAGGCAAAACGAAUCUAUCCCGCGUGACGCUAGAACCCAAGUUCAUACAAAACCAUAAAUAUCUGAAGGAAUCAAGGUCGGUAUCGCCGAGCAAAUUCUCCAAACGGUACGAAAAGGAGUAUUCGAAAAGCAACAGCCCUGUUGAAAGAACUUUCAAGCAGAAUUUUCCGGCGAUAAGAAACUCUGCCAGUAUGAACAUAGGUUCAAGCCAGCGGGUUGAUAGAUGCAGAGAUGGUAAUGAGGCAAAAAAAGUCGAUCCGAACUACAUUUACGAGCAUUCUCCAGAGAAUUUAGACGUCAAGGAAAUGACUAAUGGUUUUUCCAAAAACGCAUCUGCAGAAGAAUUAGCGGGCAGUAACAUCGACUUGAGUGAGACCGCUGAGAAUUACGAUUUGAGGAACGAAAUGGAUGGCGCACCCAAAUACAGAUACUUGGCUUUAAAUUUCUUAAAAUCUGAGAUACGGCCGAGUUAUAACGCAACAAAGCUGCAAAAGUUGCAUUUGCUACAGUAUUCUAUAAAGAAAAGACAAGAGGCGGUUCAGGAAAUUAAGGAAAGAAUAUACCAGAAGUCUGCGGUGACCAAUGACAGUUGGUCUCAGCCCGAUGAGUCGGAGAUUAGAUUAAGAUACAAGAGCAGGUCUCAAAAGAACCUCUUUUCGCCUGAUGAUGAAGGCUUGGACAAACAGAAGUCGUCGUCUCAGAGUGACUUGACGGUCAAAAAUGGUAGGAUUAAGGAGGAGAAACCUCCAGUCUCUAAUGGACCAAGAUUAGCGUUAAAAUUGAAUGAUCUCCUGUCUUUUAAGUCAAAACCCUCGCCUUUCCAAAGGUCAGAGCAUAUAAGACUAACAAAACAAUUAGAAAUAUUAAGGUUUAAGCGAAUAAUACUCUCGGAUGAAAGGGACAGCAAGCUGGCCAACAUUAGAAGACUGAAAGAAAUACGUGCUAAGCUGUUUGAGGAGAACCAAGACAUAGGGUCAGAACUGAUGGAAGACUACCACACGUUAUCCCGUCGGACUGAAACAGUGAAAGACAAGAAGCAAUCCUGUGCCGCGGUAAGGGAAUUAGCGGCGCGGUCGCACGCUGCGUUGGCCAGUUUACGCUGCGAACUGCUGACACAGUUACAUCAGAUAUUCUAUAUCGAGCAGGUUAGUGUUGGUGGUAGUUGUAUACCGCUAUUCGCCCGGGGCGGGGACUCGACUCUGUUCCUCUACGCGAUGUUUCUGCUCAACAAAUGCAUCGCUCAGCUACUAUGGGGCCGUGGGAUGCACGUCUCAGACCUGAGACCGACUCUGGCCAAUCUACAGAAACUUCUCACUACGCCGAGUAACUUCGCCGACACUUCGAAACUAUUCGGCACGUAUCGCUGGCUGGCCGAUAGCCAGUGUCCACGGACGCAAUCGCUAAGGAGUCUUGUGGCUACCGAUAGGGGGAAGUUUCGGCAGUUCAACAGGUUUAAGGACGCGGUCGACGGGCAAGCGCCUCAAGUGGCUCUGAAGAGGCACCGGCACUCGCGGAGCGUCGGCAGCUACCAUGAUGACCAGGAGUCGCCAAAUCUGGAUGCAUCGACCACAUCGAUCAUGGGCAGUGAGCCCAACAUUUACAACAUGAAGCUAACCCAAGCCAACAGCGCUGAUAUGCCACCUUCCCUCCUCAAAACUCACAACUCCGACUCCGAAAUACCAACACACAUAGAAGAAAAACCCUCGGAAACCUCCGAAGAAAAAGUCAUAUUUACAUUGGGAGAAGAUACAAAAUUAAUCAACCUACAAUCAGAAAAGCUGGUCAGAAUAUCAAGCAACAAUGGCGACGAAGUUUGUGAGACGUGCCACGAUGAAAGUGUCAAAAGGAUAUGCUCAGAAAUUGAAAACUUUUGCAGUACAAGUGGUAUAAGAGAUAUUCACGAGGGUUUCGAUGUGGCGAAACAUAUGGAGACCAUAAACGACAAUAUGGUCAAAUGCGUUGAAGGAAAAAGUGAAACAGAAACUGUAGCGUGCGAUACGUGCGAGAAUCAAGACGUGUGUGACGUUGUGUGUGCCAAAAACGUGACAGAUGUCAUUGUCAUACCGAGCGCGGAAGCCAUCUUGGAUACGGGUCAAUUGACAGUUGAACAAGAUGGCGACGAGAAAUAAUAUUCGGGAAGAAAUAGUGUUAUAUCAGAAAUUGGAUCGAAGACAAUAUCAAUUACACUUUUAAUUAUAAAAAAUGAAAUUUCUGAUAUAAAACUAUGUGUUUAAAGACUUCUAAAAAUUCUGUAAUUGCAAUUUGUAUAAAACAAUGUUGAUACAACGAUUUUAUGAUUUGUAAUUAUUACAUAAUAAUGAUUACAAAAUAAUCUUUAAUUAUUGUUGAUGGUUAGGGUGUAAAGUCUUGUAUCUUGAAUAAUCAAUUUUAAAUUAAUUACUUUUCCCUAUGAUUCGAAUAAAUCCUCAAAAAUACUGCUAUCGUCAUGUUUAAUUGAAUUUUUUCUUACUUAUUCACAUAAGUCAUGAAUAAAAGUUCAAAUCGAUAAUAUAAUAAAUAACGUCCAUCAAGAAAAAAUACAUGCCCCAUUAGUACAAAAGAGGCAACAUUUCAUUGUUUUUACUUGAUUUUCAACCAUAAACUAAGGACAUAAAGGACUCAAGCUAACUGGCGAUUCUACAAAGAACUGUCAGUGUCAAAUUAACGUUUUAAAAAGAUUUGUUCAAAUCGGUUCAUAAUUGGCGGAGUUAUCGCGUAACAAACAUAGAAAAAAAAAAACAUACGGGUCGAAUUGAGAACCUCCUCCUUUUUUGAAGUCGGUUGAAAACAGCUAGCCCUGCACGUAUUUAUCUUGAUGGGUUAAGACAUUUUUUCGUAGUUACACGCAUUGUAAAUACUGUGAUUUUUCAUAUUAUUAUUCUUAUUAUGUAGAGACAUCGUAUUAUUAAGUUUCGCCACUUCGUUUGGGUCAAUUUCAAUCAUAUUUUAAACAAUUAUUUGAAAAUUCAUUA